AUGAGUAUUCUAAACAUUGUCACCUUCUUUAGCGCCCUAGUUUCUGUCGCAAUUGCUGCCAGAUUUGAUUUGACUGACGUCACUUGUGCUGACUUACAUGGACCACACUGUGGUACCUAUGUUUUUGAAGUUGUCGGACAAAACGGAACAUUUUUGGGUCAAUCUACGUUUGUUGGUGCUGAUGCCUUAACCGAAAGUGCUGGCGAUGCUUGGGCAAGAUAUUUGGGCCAGGAAACCAGAUUCCUCCCAAAAUUGACCACUAUUGGUACUAAUGAGACAAAGAACUUCUCUCCGCUCAUUUUGACCACCAAUUUGAAGACUUGUAAUCCUCAAUCCAUUGGCGAUGCUAUGGUCCCUUUUGCUGACACUGUUAGCGGUGAAAUCGAAUUCAAUGCUUGGGCAGACACUGCUCCAAACGGUGCUUUCGUAUACGGUUUAGCUAACCAGUUGUUCAACUCUACCGAUUACGGUGUUCAAGUUGCAUCAUGUUACCCAAACUUUGCUUCUGUUAUUUUGAGCACACCAACCGUUAACGUUUUCGGUAAGGAUGAUACAUUGCCAAACUAUUGUACUUCCAUCCAAUUGAAGGCUGUCUGUCCACCAGAAGCUGGUUUCGUCUAA